AUGGCUGCAGUGGCUAGGUUUGAAGAGGUAGCAGGGGAGCUUCGGGCUUCUCAACAGUUGGGCAUGAAAGGGUGUGAAGAAUACUCUAAAAGUGAAGAUAUAUGGUUGGAGGCAUAUGAUGUAAAUAAGAGUAGAGUAUUGAAGGAAGCAAUUAAGCAUGUACCAGGCUUGGAGAGCCUUUGGAAGGCUCUUGCUAACCUUAAUAAUGGGGAAGAUGAGAGGAUGGUGUUGCAUAAGGUUGUGCUUUGCUGCACGAUAAAUGUGGAGUUGUGGGUUAAUCUUGCUAGUUUGAUAGAGGCUAAUGGGAAUACUACCUCGGGUGGGAAGAUUAUAGAGAGGGGUAUUCAAACUUGGCAGGAGGUUUCAUUAUUUGAGCAGUUGCAUGGUAAUGUGCUUGUAGCUCGGACAAUUUUUGUUAAAGCAUGUGUUGAACUUCUCGACUCUAAGGAGAUUUUCCUUGAUGCAGCAAGGUUUGAGUUGAAAAAUGGUAUGCCAAUGAAAGAGAACAUGCUUCUUGCAAAGGCGCGAGAGCUAGUAGCAAUGGUGGGAAUGUGGAUCAAGUGUGUCUGGAUUGAGAGGAUGGUAGGCGGAGAUGCAGAGAGAUUUCUUUAUGAGUGGCUUGUGUUAUUCUCUUUUUACGCUGAGCUUUGGAAGAUGAGGGAUAUGAUGGAGUUUCGCCAUAACAAUUUAGAAGGCCUCGAGGAAUUAAACUUACAAGCCAUUGAAUUUCAUGAGCGGGGGAAGUGGAAAGCCCUUGUUGAAACUGAAACCUGGCUGAAGGUGAAAUGUCUAAGAUCCGAUAAUGGAGGAGAAUAUGAACUUGCAAAGUUCAAGGAGUUCUGA